UAUGCUAGAGACUGGGGAACUAACCAUGCUCUUCUCAUUUAAUGUAGAGAAGCUGCCACUUGUUAGAUCAUAGUGAUUUAUCUUUAGUGUUGAAUAAGGCGGAGCAAAGCAAAGCAUCUCCUGGCAGAAGCAGGAGCAGGAGAGGAGAGUCUGGGCGGAGGAAGUUCUCCCACGGCUGGACGCUGGUGGUUUCACACAUGGUUUAAGACUCGCAGCGUCUCUACGGGAUAGCUACACUAAAGUAGAGGAAAAAAACUUUUUAUUAUCGCCGGGCUGCAGGAAAUAAAGCUAAAAGAGACAUUGGCGGAAACCCAGCCCUGGAAAAACGCGUAAAGACAAAGUUCGUUAAGAUAACUUGCUGAGAGUCUGAACUUUUCAGAAAACGCUUCAACUCUCUCCAGGCCAACACACUUCACUCAACUCCUGCCUGGAGUAUUGUUUUCAAAGGCCACCGUCGGUGCGUGCUCACUGUUGUCAUGACAAUGCUCUGGAAACCCAGCGCGAGGCACGUUGCGGGACACAAAAGGCACCAGCUGCGGGUUUGAGCUUUGCUGGAAAACUUUGUGUGUUGGGGAAAACAUCCCGAAAGGCAAAAGAGAAGAGGGAUAGUUUACAGAAGCAAGAUCACCGACACAAACCUGGGGAGCCGCCGGAGCCCCGUGGUGCUGGAAUGGACCAACUCAUAGAGUCCCUGGAAAGGAAACUGCAGAGACCUCUACUGGCGAAGUCUCGUACUCUCCCCAGCAUCCCCCAGUCUCCAACUGUCUCCAGGGUCCACCACUCUGACUUGAUUGGUGGGAGUCCUCCCCGCAGGAAAAACCCUCCAUCCGCCACCAUCCAAUCAAAGGCCUGCACUCUGCCUCCUGCAGGGGAGCUGUGGCGUUUGGAGGACGACAUGGAGGGAGACGACGAGACUGACCAGAGUGGCUGCAAGGAGCUCCGUCCUCGCUCCCAAUCACCCUUCUCCCACUUCAGGGCACGAGCCGCCUACCUCCGCAAGAGCAUGUCGGCUGAUGACCACCUGGACAUGGGCCUGGACUACAUCUCAGGGAGAACAGCUGAGGGCAAGUCAACUCGCAGCAAUAAGGGGAAGCUGAAAAGAAAAUUUAGUCUGGGCUCUGCAGACCGCAAGGAAAACCAGCAAAAGAAGUCAGAGUCAGGAAUCUCAAAAUUUACUCAUCGUCUCUCCCUGAAAGAGCGACCAGCUAAAGCAGGGAAGACUUCAGACAGACCAUCAUCCUACAGAAGACGAUCUCUAAGUGUGGACUGGGCUGACUCUGCCAAAGUGACGCAGCCCAUGAGAGGGAACCAGGUCCACCAGCCGGCAUCGGCUCGCAAGUCAGCCAGCUUGUCCUCGCCAAGCGCAGCUCGCCGGCUGUACCGCAACUUGUCUGGAAAGUUCCGCGUGGGCGCUAACCCCCCUGCUCUGGAGGACAGCAUGGUGUCAGGGCGGGGAGGAGACAAGGAGAGGCUGCGUAAAACCACCAUAUUCCAGAGCAAUGAAGCUUUGUUUGAGGCAGUGGAACACCAAGAAUUGGACCUGGUCCAGCUUCUUCUGUCCCAGUACAGUCUGGAGGAGCUGGACCUCAACACUCCAAACAGUGAAGGUCUCCUGCCUCUAGAUAUUGCCAUCAUGACCAACAAUGUACCCAUGGCUAAGCUUCUCCUGCAAGCCGGUGCCAAGGAGAGUCCUCACUUUGUGAGCCUGGAAGGCCGAGCGGUGCACUUGGCCACCUUGGUGCAGGAGGCUGAGCAGCGGGUGUCAGAGCUUCAGGCCCACGUUCGUAGCGAGGGUCCCAGUGAAGGGGAGGGAUCCGACCAGGAGAGGCAGCUGAAGGCUUGGGAGUGGAGGCUGAGGCUCUUCAGACGCAUGCAGUCGGGCUUUGAGCAUGCUAACCCUCCAGAUGCUCCCAGUGUAGUUUGUCUGUCUGUCAGCAGCAACACAAGCUUGCAGGUUGACUUUCAUGAACCAGUCUGCGUCAACUCUGCUGUGGUUACCAAGUAUAAAGUGUCUUGGAGCUCCUCACCUUCAUUCAGUCCCAUGCUGGGUGAAAUAAUAGUGGAUGAUACCACGUCACCACAGUGCAACAUCACUGGACUGACUUGUGGAGCCUAUUACUAUGUACAGGUGUCAGCCUAUAAUAUGAAGGGCUGGGGCCCUCCAAAGGUUUCCAUCCCAGCUUGUGCUGCACCUUCCAGCUGGCGGGACAUCGAUGGCCACCCUCCACGCCUCAGAGGCCAGAAGGAAGCACUUGACCAGCUGCUUGGACAGAUUAAAGAAGCUCAUCGUCACUGUGCCUGCCAUGAGCAAUGCAAAGCUCCAACACAAGGCAGGAAGCACUCUGUAUCCAAAAGCCUUCGGCACCUCUUCCAACUCACCAGCAAAUUUGUCAAAAGCUUGAAAAGAGGUCUCUAUCUGACUUCCAUAUUCUACAGAGAUGACAAUGUGUUGGUGACUCCAGAGGACCAGAUUCCUAUUGUGGAGAUAGAAGAUUCAUACUCCAGCACCCUUAUGCAGGACUUUCUUUGGUUUACUAAGGUUUCAUACCUAUGGGAAGAGAUAUCCUGGCUUCAGCAGUGUCUCAGUCCCUCGCAGUCAUCUUGUUCGUGUACUCUGCAGACCCGUCUAAAGAUGCUGCAGGCAGUCUCCCAGCUACAGUGUUUUUGUGUCUUUCAGGGAAUGCUGGGAACACAGGACCUUGGCCAGGUGUAUUUCGAGCCCAUCAAGGACAAGCAUGGCAAUGCCCUGGUGGUCCUCCUGAAGGACAUGAACACCUGCCCCAACCUGGAUGGGGUACGCUGGACACAACUUUGUAAACUCCAGCUUCAGCGCAAGUCCAUCUCCUCCCCCGAGGAGCCCACCGCCUUGGACAUGCUCCUCAUCACACUCCAUGAGAAGCUGGCGUAUCACAGGCGCAGCAGGAAGCUCUUGUCUCCAGGCUUGUACCUGGGGUACCUGAAGUUGUGCACCUCGGUGGAGCAAAUCAGGGUGCUGGUACCUCAAAAACUCCCCAACAUUCUCUGUCACACUAAAAUACGGGACAACAGCAACAUGUCCAGAGAAGAAUGGCAGUGGCUGCAGGCUCUCAGCUCUCUGGACGAAGCGCUGGAAAUGGACCAGGAUGUGCAGAGUGCCCCCCACCGCCUCUUAAACGACCUGCGCAGUGCCAUCAAGGACCUGAUGGCACACAUCAAUGUCCCUGGAAAUCAGGCUCAGGAUUUCCGGAUCUACAGCCAGGAAGUGUUGGAGUUUGGAGAGAAGGUGUCCUUCCUGCUUCUCCUGCCGCCUUCAGAUGAAGUGUGCACGGCUCCUGGUCAGAAUAAUCCAUACUCCCCUCGCUCUGGCUUCCUCACCCUGCCCCUGCAGAUCUUCGAACUAGUCCACUUUAAUGCAUAUUGCCCCAGCUUCAUCGGCCAGUACUGUAGAGUGUCCGCUUUGCUGGAGCUGGAAUCCCUAAUGUCGCAGCAGGCUCUGCGAGAAGCCUUCUCUGAGGCUGAGCUACUUUCUGCUAAGACGAAACACCAACAGGUUCAGGAACACAUGCAGCAAAUGGAGGAGAUGUGGCGAGAUGCAAGGUGGAUUAUGGAUGCCUUGCAGUAUGCCCGCUAUAAGCAGCCAACCGGAGGCAUCUUCAUAAGCUGGAUAAUAGACUUUUCUAAAGAGGUGUUGCCAGAUAAGCCUCCCUCCACCUCCUCCCAGCCCGACUUCAUGCCGUCUCCCAUGCCCUCACCGGAACCCUGUCGCAAACACUCAGAUUAUCCUGGUUUAUCAGAUGAAGAGGGUUCUUCUGAAGUCUUCCUCACCACUGAUAGUGACUACGACUCAAGUCGUGCACAGAGUCCCCGCGAGUUGGACUUGCUACCUCCCUCACCUUUGUCCUCCUCAGCCCCCCUGGAGCCCCGUGGUUUCCUGCGUAGCGAUGGGAGCAGCUCGGGAGGAGUUGUGUGUCCCAGAGGAGGUGGACGUGGUGGGGGAGUUCUGAGAGACUCUACUCCCGAUGUCCUCCAGGCCUCAGAACCCCAAUUGGGGAGGGAAAGUGAGCGAGGCGGAGGAGUUUGUUGUGGAGGAGAAAGGCGGAGGGGACCCCCAGAGCUGUUUGACAGUGACUUCAUUCUCCCCAGCAGACAAAUCGAGCUGUUGCACAUCACAGAGAAGAGACAGGCCUUCUGUGUAAGAACCAGCAGCCUGGAGUUCCCUUCCACCACAUCAGUCCACCAUCAGCCUUACUCCCACCACUCCCAUUACUCCUCACCCUCCACCUCACCACAGAACAGGUGGCACCGCCCCUCGUCGGUGGACCGAUGUUGUUCUGGGGAGCGCUGCGUACCUCAGCUUCCGCCGGCACGGACGUUAUCAGAGGACAGCGGCACGCAGAGACUCAACUCGCCGUCACCUGCUGUGUUCAGGAAAGGCAGCCACGCCACACUCAGAGUGUACCCACAGUAUCGAACGGGCCUGCUAAAAAAGACCAGUGUUAAGCUUUGUGUAACUUCGGGCACGACGGCUCGGGAAAUAAUCCAGCUGGUAGUCCAGGAGAUGAACACCGUCUCUCGGCGCCUGCUGGGCAGCAACGGCGGUGGUGAGGAGCAGGAGCAGUGUGUUUAUUACAGUCCGGAGCAGCUGAAGCACUUCAGCCUGGUGCUGGUGGUGGACAACAGGGAGAAGUGGCUCCAGGAUGACCUCUGUCCCCUGGAGCUGCAGAACCCCUGGCUGAGGGGUAAACUGUGCGUCCGCAUUAAGGACUAUUCUCCACUAGCUCUCAAACACAGCCGGGCCACGACCGUGUGACCCUCCCAAGUUCAUGUCUGGAUUCUGUUUUUUAAACGUAGUUGAAUCAGUGAAUUCAGUUUGUCGCUGUUAUAACACCGUCCUCGACUGCAAACUGUAAUCUAUUUUCUUUUUAUUUCUUUCUCUUGAAAUGGCACUCUGAGAAUUUGUUUCUAUGAAAUAUAUUCUCCCAAACAUAAGAGCUUUUUUCUAUGAACAUCAGACCCUCAUAUGGACACCAAAUGAAAGCUCACAACAUGAAACAAAGAGAAAAUUGUUUUUUCUUCAUGCUGUCAGAAAUCAUAGAGCAAAGGAUUGUGAUGCUGAGCAUGGGUAACAGUCUGUCUCUGACAUUUGGCACGACUGACAUCAGCACUUUGGGCUGUGUGCAUUUCCAAAAUGACACAGGCUCCAUCAUCAUCCUUCCUCCCCAGCCACACAUAGAAAGGGCUUUUCCUGUGAGCUCUCUGUAUGUUCUAAUUCCCAAAGAGCAUCAGGCCCAACUUCUUCAGGGAUGGGGUUCCUGAGCUGUGCUCAGAGUUAAAGAACUGCUUUCUCAGACUGUUUGAGAAAGCAUUCGACCUGUAAGCCGGUCAUACCCACUGUCACUCCCCUUCCUGGUAUUUAGCAGCCACGCAAGAAAUAGGGAACAUUGGCACAAAACUUUGGUGCUCUUGUGAAGUGAACAGUCCUUUAUCGAUCAUAGUGUAGCUAAAAUAGAUGAUCACAUCAAACCAGCUAAUUUUCCAAACAGGAUAAAAGAUGCAAUACUAUUCUGUUGUUUCAAAUCGAUUGAAAAGGCAUGCAUACUUUCAUUUUCUGUCCCCUAGGGGAGGCUGCUCAUUCCGGCCAAUCGCCAUUUGGUAUCUUUGUAGUUUUCAGUAGUUGGGUAUGAAGUGGAGCAACAGCAAGAUUCACACCAAUCAUACAUCAGUUGGUUCCCACCAUGGGGACGUUUCAUACCUGCUUUGACAACCAAUAGUUUAAAGGACAUGGUAGAAAAUGUGGGCACAAAUUGGGGAAUUGGGUGAAUUGGCCUGGAAUGGUCAGGCUGAGCCUAAAAUUAAACCAAGCCAGUGGUUUUGUUGCACUGCACACUGAUGUCUUCUCCACGUGUAUCAGGUAGCAGGACUGCGGACCUAAACUGAAAUUGGUUUCAAAACAAACAAUAUGAAAGCACUUCUCAGAAGAACCCAAAUAGGUCAAAUUCAACAAAAGGGAUCUAACCUGCUAGGUGUGGCUCAGGUGAUUGGUGGAGAAAGCCAAAAUAAUCGGUGGCCUGUCUGAGAAACGAACGCUGGUCCAGUUCUCAUUUUACCUUCAUAAACAUUCUUACACAUACUGGUAUUACCUGGUCAUCAGAUUAUAAUAAAAACUGUUAAAAAUAAAACUUCCAAGGGUUGGUCCAGGACUUCUGACGUGAAGUUCUGUUAAAAGGUUAUAAGCCAUUAAUAACUUACCUGCAGUGGGUAACCAUCUUAUUUAUUUAGUAUGAAUUCAGUCUAGGUGGUCCUGGAGGCUAAAACUAACAGCUAAUCUGAAUUGGGCCAAGACCAAGUGGGAUUUCUACAGUCACCAAUCUGAAAAAUGUCACAGAGGUAUAUUCAAACACUCGUUUAUGAGCCUUUAAAACAUCCUGACAUCAAACAUUAAUUUACAGCCAAACCAAGGAUUUGAUUCAUAGCUCAUGGAGGUAGGAGGCGGCAACCAGUGAUCUCCAGGGAUAAAAUACUGAAAAGGUAACAUUGCAGAUCCAAUAUUUUAAAAAAAUGUUCGGCUUUUUUUACUUUUUGUUUAAUUGAUCAGAGUUUGUGGGAAUUUUUAAAUAGUGACUUCUUGUUUAUCUGGAGUGUAGAUAUGAAAAAUUAAAAAGCGGAAACACAAGAGAACAUGCCAUUCACAAAUUUUGACCUCAGAAUAUAGAUUUUCGUCUGAGCUCAUCUAUAUUUACAGUCACUUCGAAAAUUAAAAGCCUUUUCUACGACUGGAAGUGUAACAGAAAAGGCUGGAUUAGAACCCAAGUUUAUUUUGCAGCCAUGGACAGUGAGUUAAGGCUUUUAUUCACAUCGAUACCGGGCCUCCUGUACUUAGUUCAGUCCAGGUGUUGGAGGUUGUCAUAGAAUAGAACCCACCAACAGAACCAAAUCUCUGGAGAAAGUUCAAAGCUAAUUAAACUUCUGAUUGUAAUGAAUAAGGGAAAGGAAGGAGAAGUGAAAAUUAAACAAUAUACAGGUAUGACCUUGUGUCCUCCCAAAUGUAUGAGUGUUCAUAUUGCAGAAAUCUUAUUGACAUGUCAGUAUGAUUCAGUACUCAUGUUGGAAGGAUCUUCCUGCCUCUUAAUCCAAACAUUUCAUCUUUAGCCAAAUUUAAAGUUGAGAAAUAAUACCCUGGAUUAUUAUUAAUAUUCAAUUGUCCAUUUCAUUGUUCCAGGAUCUCCAGGGGAAAUAUUUAGUCAGGAAAUUAUUUUCUGCUCUAAAAUCUCACCUGCAGGCUCGGCAGCAUUUACCAGUGUAAGUAAAAACGAGUACAAUGUAGCAUUGAGUCUAUUGGACCUCGUACUGUAGCAGCAUGUUGAACCUUUUCCAGGGGACGCUGACAGAGGCAUCUCUCACUGUUUACAGAGCUGACUUUCUUAUACAUUUACAGACGUGUUUUACAUAUAAAAUGCUGUAUAAAGAUGUUCUAAUAAGUUGUAAGUGGUUUUACUGAUGGCUUGAGCUCUCGUGUUAGCGCGUAGAUGUCCUCUUUAUUCCUGUGGUUUAAAGCUGCUUUUUUACGACUGCGAUCUGCAAAAACAAAUCGCUAGGCCACAAACUAAACCGUGUAUAUAGAUGGAGAUCAAGGGAUGAAUGUACUAUAUCUGCCCAAAAUGUGAAACUAAGUAAAUAUGGGUGUGUUGGGGGGCUGUGACCCCUAGAGAUGUCAAAGGUCAGUGAUGUUACAGGCUCUUAAGAUUGGCCUGAAAUGAGGAAAAAAAAGGGUUUUGAAUUCCCUUUCUAGUCUGGUAAAAAAUAAAGCUCUGUGUUUACAAGGAACUGUUGGUGGAGCCAUCAGGCAGUCAUGAAGGAGACGUCACGUCACUUUUUUAAAAUUUAUUUUUAUGGAACAAUAAAUGAAUAUUACAAAAUAAAA